UGACAUUGUGCAUGUGCCACAUGUGUGUGUGUCAUGUACUUAUAAUGACAUUGUGCAUGUGCCACAUGUGUGUGUGUCAUGUACUUAUAAUGACACCGUGCAUGUGGCACAUCCGUGCUGCUGGUGUAUGUAACAUAUAUGGGUGCACGAGUGUGACGUGUUUGUGGAGUGUGUGCACAGCACAGAGUUGUGUGGUGCAUGCAGCAUCUUUGUGGUGCAUGUGGGCAACGUGUGCAGUUCAGCGGUGUGAGCAGCAGUGCAUGGUGCAACCAGCACCAGUGCAGUGUGGAAUUGUGCAGCGUGCACUGCACAGCGUGGCUGCGUGCUGUGCACGCGUGCAGUGCACAUCCCUGUGCAGCUGUGCAACACAGGCGAGGGCCAGGAGCCCCAUGUGCAGGCAGGGAGCCCACCUCCCAUCCCUGCCGCCCCAGCCUCAAGGGUGCCUCUCCUGCCUCACUCCGAUACCUUCGCCCCGCUUUCCUCCCCAUCCCCUGGCAUCCUCCCAGCCCCGCUGCUCUCCUCUCCCUCGGCCCGGCCGUCGGAGGUCCGGACAUCCACCAGCGGCUGCCCCGGCCGGCUCUCGGGGGGCUCGGACACCCCCGCCCCAGCGGGAACCGGAGCUCCGGGACGGGGGUGCGGUGCCCCUCGGUUCUUCCUCACCCCCUUCUCCUGAGAGCGAGGAGCGGGCGGGAGCCAGGGCCGGCGGGGAGGUGUGAGCCCAAAGCCCCGAGCCCGGCGCACGCCCCCUCCGCCGCUCCGCUCCCCCCGGGGCCUCCGCGCAUCCUCCCCUGCCCAUUGGCUCCGCGGCGGGGGGGCCGCGGCCCUAUAUAAAGGCAGGGUCGGGAGGCUCCAGAAGGGGUUAAAAAAACCCCCAAACAACAAACCCAAAACCCCAAAGCCCGCAGCCGCCUCCGGAGCCGCGCUCCCCGCAGCCCGCCGCGCCCGCCCGGCGGGGAGCGCCUCCCGCCCGGCCAUGGAGCGCUGCUGAGCGGCCCCCGGGCCGGCGGAGCGGAUCAUGAACCUGGUGGGGGGCUACCAGCAUCACCACCACCACCACCAUCACCACCACAUGCUGCACGACCCUUUCCUCUUCGGGCCGGCGGCGCGGUGCCACCAGGAGCGCGCCUACUUCCCCGGCUGGGUGCUGAACCCGGCCGAGGCCGCCCCCGAGCUCGCCGGGCAGAGCCCGAGCUACGGCCCCGCCGAGUACGGCCCGGCCGGCCCGGGGCGGCUGGAGGCGCUCAGCGGCCGCCUGGGACGGCGAAAAGGAGUCGGGGCACCCAAGAAGGAGCGGCGGAGGACGGAGAGCAUCAACAGCGCCUUCGCCGAGCUCCGCGAGUGCAUCCCCAACGUGCCCGCCGACACCAAGCUGUCCAAGAUCAAGACCCUGCGCCUGGCCACCAGCUACAUCGCCUACCUGAUGGAGGUGCUGGCCAAGGACAGCCAGCCCGGGGACACCGAGGGCUUCAAAGCCGAACUCAAGAAGGCGGACGGCAGGGAGAACAAGAGGAAAAGGGAGACGCAGCCCGAGGUCUAUUCGCAGCCUCUGGGUCACGGCGAGAAGAAGCUGAAGGGCCGGACGGGCUGGCCCCAGCAGGUCUGGGCUCUGGAACUGAACCCCUGAGAGCUGCCCCGCCCGCCCCUCCAUGUGCAAUGCCGGAGAGAGCCCAGCCCGGCCCCGGAGCCCAUCCAGGCGCAGGACACGGGGAGCCGGCCCGGCUGCCCCCGGCCCGGGGGAUGCUCCGCGGGAGAGGCGAGAGCGCUUCGCGGGCUCGGUGCUGCCCGCCUCGCCGGCAGCGGGACCAGCCGGGCCCUUUCCCCCGUUCCCUUCCCGCAUUUGCAGUAAUCGUUGCUCCCUCCCGCGGCUCCUGCCCUGCCGGGCCGGACUGGAACGGUUCGAUUCGUUCGCUGUUGUAAAUACGAGCUCCCCAUCCCCUCUCCCCGUCCGCUGCCUGACCGACGUGCGGCUGCGGUGAAACUACCUAGAGGUGCAUUUGGGAACACUCCUGUGCCGGGUUUUCUACCUCAGAUCUGCAUGACCACUUCCCGAGGGACCGAGCGCGCCACACCACGUAUUUAAAACUGAAUAGCUAAAAAAAAA